AUGGCCCAUCAGGAUGGCCCCGUUCUCUCGCGCCGUGCGCAUAAUGCCUCGACCGAAGCAUCGAAGAACCUGAUGUGGGACAUCUUGACCGAUGCUUGGUGCCCAACGUCCAACCCCGGCGGCUACGUCAACGUCGGUGUAGCAGAGAACGCCCUCAUGCACAACGAGCUCCUGCAGUACCUAAACCAGAAGCUGGAUCUGCCCGCAGAGUACCUCACAUACAACGACGGCGGCGGUGGCUCGAUCAGACUGCGGCGCGCUAUUGCACAGUUCUUGACCCGCCACCUGAACCCAGUGACGCCGCUAGAUCUGGACCACUUGGUCGUCACGAAUGGCGUCUCGCCGGCCAUUGAGCAUGUCUCGUGGGCGUUUGCGGAUCCCGGAGAGGGCAUUUUACUGGGAAGGCCGUACUAUGGCACUUUCAUUCCUGAUCUCUCGACGCGGCCGGGGACCGCGGUUGUGCCCGUGAGUUUCGAUGAGGUGGAUCCAUUCUGCAUUGAGGCAGUAUCCAAAUAUGAAGAUGCACUCCUCACCUUCCAGAAGUCUACUGGGAAGAAGGUCCGGGGCUUGAUGCUGUGCCAUCCGCAUAACCCACUGGGCCGAUGCUACCCUCGCGAGGUGCUGAUUGAGUUGAUGCGGCUGUGCCAGAAGUAUCAAAUACACCUGAUCAGCGAUGAGAUCUACGCGCUAUCCGUCUUCGAGAACCAAUUCAAGUCUGCCUUGUCGAUUGAUUUGAACGGCAUCGUCGACCCGCGGCUCGUCCAUGUACUCUGGGGAAUGAGCAAAGACUUUGGUGCGAACGGGAUCCGCCUCGGCGUGAUCAUCUCCCAAUCAAAUCUGGACUUCCACUGGGCGUUGAGGGCAAUUUCGCUGUAUUCGUACUCCUCCGGUAUCGCAGAUCAUUUGGCGGCGGCUAUGCUGGAAGACAACGCGUUCACUGAGGGGUACAUCAAGGAGAACCAGAAGAGACUGUCAGAGUCGUAUGCGUACGCCGUUGGUUUCCUCAAGAGCCAUCAGAUUGAGUACGCAACCGGAUGUAAUGCCGCGUUCUUCCUUUGGGUGGAUCUGGGAAAGAGAUACCGGGACCUGCAUCCCGAGGUGUCGGCGGAUGAAGAAGUGGGAGAGCAGGUCAUGGAGCGGCUUCUGAAGGCGAAGGUCUUCUUGGCUAGCGGGGCUUUGUUUGGUUCGGAGAGGGACGGGUGGUUUAGAAUCGUGUUCACGCAACCAAGGGCUUAUUUGGAGAUGGCCCUCACGAGGAUUGUUGCUGCUUUGGAAGGGUAG